AUGUUACGCAGCACACAAGAAGCACCGAGCAUGCAGGCUGAUUUCACCUAUUCCAUCCAUAGUGUCCUCCCUCCACCGCCGAGGUAUCCAAGCCAGGCGGGAUACGGACUCGUCCCUGGCUAUGUUGCGCCCAUGAUAGAGACCAACAAUAUCCUGACGCACCCUUCAGGGCCCGAGUACCAAUUCCUAGUUGGAGAGGGCCUGUACACGCUCAAGGAAGACCUGCAUCUUGCAACCCCCCCACCACAUCCAUCCGAAGCUCCAGUCAUCAAUCCGAAUCCGCUCGCGACCACCCCCCAACCUGCUACUGCCGGCACGAGCCUUUCCAUUGUCAACCUUGGUGUACGCCCGCCACCGCCAGGCUUAUUUAGGGUUGGUUCUCGAGCAUAUGGAGUGCAGCAGAGCAUCCAAGAACAUCCAGAUGAAAGCCGGUCGUCUUCCGGGGUACGUGGCAGCAGCGAGGGUGCUCGCGCCGCUUCCAGCGAUGCCGGCGCCAUCUUCUCCAGCACGCCAGCUUUUGGCGAGGGAAACACACUUUUAGCUCAAACAAACCACAAGGACAAUAAACGAAAGAAGCCAAAGAACAGUAUGACAAAAAGCAACUCUUCGUUUAUCUCCCGGGUUAUCGUCCACGAAUCUCUACACAAGAGGUUAAACGAUCGACCAGCAGACGGCCUAUUUGCGUUUGCCAACAUUAACCGAGCCUUUCAAUGGCUGGAUCUUUCUUCGGCCUCCAAGGCCGACUACUUGACGAAAAUUCUCUUUACUAAAGCGCAUUGUCUCUGCCACGAUGUCAACAGGUUAACCAAGAAUUCGUCACAUAUCGAUGUGAUUAUGGGCUUCUCUACCGGCGAAAUAAUUUGGUGGGAACCAAUAUCACAACGGUAUACUCGAUUAAACAAGAAGGGCAUCAUCAACAAGACUCCGGUAUCCACGAUUCAAUGGAUCCCUGGAUCAGAAAACCUCUUUCUGGCAGCGCACAUGGAUGGAACAUUAGUCGUGUACGACAAGGAGAAAGAAGAUGCUAUUUUCUCGCUGGAAGACGAGGCCGCCACUCGUGCCAGCGGGGACAGCCAUGGUGUCCCUAACGGCAUUAAGGGUUGCAACUACACCAGCCAGAUCCAUGUGCACAAGUCUGUUCACUCCAAAAACCAGAAAACGAAUCCAGUGGCUGUGUGGAAGCUUUCAAACCAUCGUAUCAACGCAUUCGCCUUCUCUCCCGACCACCGGCAUCUCGCGGUAGUUUCAGAAGACGGCACGUUGAGGAUAAUCGACUAUCUGAAGGAAGAGUUAAUUGACCUCUUUUACUCUUAUUAUGGCGGCUUAAUGUGCGUCUGCUGGUCCCCCGACGGCAAAUAUGUCCUUACCGGCGGUCAGGAUGACCUCAUUUCUAUUUGGUGUAUUUCUGAAUCUGCCCUCAUUGCCAGGUGCCAAGGCCAUCAUUCUUGGGUAACCUCAGUGGCUUUUGACCCCUGGCAGUGCGACGGAAAGAACUACCGCUUUGGCAGUGUUGGCGAGGACUGUCGGUUGUGCCUGUGGGAUUUUAGUGUCGGCAUGUUGCACCGGCCCAAAGCCGCAUCAGUAAGACAGCGAGGAUCCUCCUUCUCGUCCCGUUUUGUAUCUCUCCAGAGGGCCGAAACGCAGAAUACGACGACCAGUAAUCGCCUGCGAUCGGAUUCGAACCUGUCGAGUUCGGGGGACGCGGGCGCUGCUGAGGAGACACAACCUGCGACCGCCACUCUAGAGCAAAAGGUCGAACCACAUCCCGUGGAGCCGAGGGCGAGAAUGGCCAUGUUACCCCCUGUUCUGAGCAAAAUAAUUGACGACGACCCGCUUUGUUGGCUUGACUUCACCAAGGACGCGAUCGUGACAAGUUGCAAGUCUGGUCACGUCCGAACUUGGAAUCGCCCGUCAGACGACUUCUCUACGCCGUCUCAGUCCCAGCAUGGAGAUGAUAACUAG